AGCAUAUGUCCUAACUAUUGUAGUUAUGCCGCAAUAAGUGUCUGUCAACUGGUGGUAGGACCUCUUGUAUACCAUAUUGGGGUUGUGUAUAAACCGUUAUUAUGAAUAAUUCAUUCACAUCAAUCUCCGGUAAUGUUAAUUCGUUAGAACAAUUUCAUUUCGAUAAGAUUAAUGUCAUUGGAAGUGUGUCGGGGCGCGAGGCGGUAUCUUAUCUCUUGUCAUGAGUAUUGAUUCAAACUUCAAUGCAGUACCUGGUGUCGUUUGCAAAUGUAAAUAUUUUGCAUACGUUUCGUAUUUUCAAAUGGCGAUUCUAAGGUACAACGAAAACCUCGACAAUACCGUAAACUACGUUGCAACACUCGCCUUCUUCUGUGCGAUAUCUUGUGUUACGAUUAUGCUAAAAUUCGGAGGUUUUAAAGCUUCCUUAAACAUAUUCAAUAGUAGAAAGAAUGGAAAAGAGAAAACCGAAUUACAUCAGGGCUCAUAUAUGACAGGCGCGUAUCGUACGAACAGAGACGACGUGUCUGGAUACGUCAGCACUCCGUCGCCUACGAAAACAUUAUCCCCAGCAAUGGUGAAGCUGCCGGGACGAAAACCUUGUUGUCUGCUGACCACACGACCCACUAAGAGCCUCGGCAAUCUCACGUUAGCCACUUCGAGUACAACGAAGGCAGUUCCGAAUCAAAACACAACGGACGUAUCAACCGACCCGAGGGGCGAGGGAGAUCGCGAGAUAAAGAAUCCUUCGCACAAACAACGAGAGAAAGAGCGCAAAAGACUCGAGAAGCAACGACUGGACGAACAGAAAGCUAUCGAACGGACGACACGCGAACAGGCUAAAGUCGAAAAGAUAAAGAGAGAGAAAGAAAAGAAACGAGUGGAAGAGGGCAAGAUAAAAGAUAAGAAACGUAAAGCGCCGCAGCCGCAACAGCAGAGCGUCCCCUCACUGGGACAUGGCUCCGCUAAAUACUCAAUAAACACUUUGGACAGUUCGAUCAGUCGGAGCACCGGCCCCCCGCCUUACUCAGAAACAGCGACGGAGCUAGUAACGCUGGACGCGAGCGACGCGACACGAGACGUAAGCUUCGGCAAACCAAUCGACACAGGCACUUGGGAUAUUGUAGCAGAACACAGAGAGCAACUAAACAGAACAACACACGCCGUCGACAAAAACAACAAACAAACAGUCAUAGACUUGAACUACAGCGCGGGAAGCGAUGACAAAACCAACAACGACAUGUAGGAAAAUAAUUCACAUCAUUGUUUACUUAAAAUAAACUAAAAAAACUCGCAAAUAUAUCGAACGUAACAAAUAAUCUAUUUACACGAUAAGAUACGUCAAAAAAGCUUGUUUAAGAACAUAUUUUUUAAUGUUUUUGUAGGUGUUAAUAAUCUUUAUCUUAAAUCAUCUAAUUUACUCGUAACACGAUAUUUUAAUAUGAAUGACUUAUAAACCAAAUUCUCGUCUGGUAUCGCGUUUGUUUUGACUCAGAAACCUGGAGGGAAAGAUCGCAAUAAAAAAAUACUCUACUAAUCAAUAACUAUAACAAUAACAAAUAAAGUUCAACUUUCCGAACAUAACUAACGGGGCGAGAUAUUUUUUUAAGAAUCGAAUUAUAAUCGCUGCGAAAUUAUAAUAGAGUUCACGAUUAUCUCGAUUCCAAAUCGAGAUGUAUUUAGAUUUGGUUUGGUCUCGCGCUACGUACGUACAUUCGAUUGUUAUUGUACAAUAUUGGGUCUUAUAGGCGACUAAAACUCUUUCCUCAAGACACAAGUUGAGCACACUGCAGACUAUAAUUAUGGAGAUCCAUAGGUUUGUUUAUAUUAUCGAAAUAAUCGAUUGAAUCGAUAUUAAAAUAACUCAUACAUAAAAAAGGUGUAUAAACCUUUACUACUAGUAAAUUAUGAAAUAAU